AUGGCCCAGCCUCGAUCCACGCCGGUUGAGGACUUGAUCCGAGAAAGACUCGCCCCGUUGAACCCGACACGCCUCGACAUCUUCAACGACUCGCAACUGCACGCCCACCAUGCGCCCAUGCAGGGCAAGGAGCAGACGGGCGAGACGCAUUUCCGGCUGGUCAUCACGACGGCCGCGUUCGAGGACAAGCGCCAGCCUGCACGUCACCGGAUGGUGUAUGCGCUCCUGGACGACGAGAUGAAGCGGGACGGCGGCAUACACGCACUGCAGUUGCGCACCAUGACACCUGCGGAGGAGGCGGCGAAAGAGGCGGCCAAGGCCAAGACAGGAGCAGACGCCGUGGGCUGCGGCAAGGACCAGGCAUAG